CGAAAAUAUGGAGAGCUCGCGCAUGCCGCCCGCGGGGCGGAAACGUAAGCGCGGGCGCGAGAUCUCGGCCGGCGAGUCGGGCGCCGGCUGCUCGGCUCCGCUCGUCGACCCUGCCAGGGUCCGCCGCGAGCCGCACGGCGCCGCCGACAUGCUCGCAAAGAUGUGGGAGGACGAGGAGCUCAAGGACUGCUGCCUGGUGGUGCAGGAGGAGGGGUGCGAGCCGACGGAGCUGUGGGCGCACCGCGCGGUCCUCGUCGCCGCCUCGCGCCCAUUCCGCGCCAUGCUCGCCGGCUCCCACCGCGAGCGCGGCGCCAACCGGCUCGUGCUGCAGGAGGUGUCGGCGGCGCCGCUGGCCGAGCUGCUGCGCUUCGUGUACGGGCAGGAGGUGCAGCUGACCGCGGAGAACGCGCUGCCGCUCUACCGCACCGCCGACCUGUACGAGGUGCUCGAGCUGGCCACGCUCUGCUGCGCGUUCCUAAAGCGCUCGGCCGGCGUCGGAAACUGCGUUGCGCUGCUGGCGGCCUCCGACACGGCGCACUGCAAGCCGGUCGCGCUGCACUGCAUCGACCUGCUCAAGCGGCACUUUGGGCAGGUCGCCGAGCGGGCCAGCUUCGUCAGCCUGCCCGGCCAGCUCCUGCUCGAGGUGCUGCAGGCCGACGACCUGUCUGCGCCGUCCGAGGAGCUCGUUCUCUCUGCGGUGCUCUCGUGGCUCGACGCGGACCCGCAGGGGCGGCUGGGGAUGCUGCCGCAGCUGGGCGCCGAGAUCCGCUGGCCGUUUGUGCCUCCGGCCCGGCUGGCGCGGCUCGAGGUGGAGAGGUCCGAGCUGCUCGACGCCUUCCCCGGGCUGGCGUGCCUGCUGCGCGAGGCGUACCGCUUCCAGGCGCUGCAGGCGAGCAACGCGACGGGCGAGCUGCGCGCGCUGCUGUCGCCGCGGACCACGCGCCGCCGCUCGCAGCUCUGCGACUUCAAGCGGCUGCGCUUCCACGCCGCCAUCGGCUCGAAGGGCAACGCGAGCGGCGACUUCCAACUGCCCGGCAUCUUCAACUCAGGCGACUUGAACUGCCUUAGGCGACUUGAACUGCCCUUAGGCGACUUCAACUGCCCGGAGGGCGUCGCGCUCUCUUCCGACGGCGAGCCCGCCGCCGCAGCGGACUUGCGGCCGCGGUGCGAGCUCGUCGUCGUGGCGGACUCGCUCAACCACCGCGUCCAGCUCUUCUCUCGCGACGGAACCUUCCUGCACGCCUUUGGCCGCAAGGGCCGCUCGGCGGGCGAGUUCGACAUGCCGGGCGGCGUCGCCGUCGGGACCGGCAACGGGCGCGUGCAGCUCUUCGAGCGGGACGGCACAUUCGUGCGCACGGUCUCGCGCGACGGCUCUGAGCCCGGCUGCCUCAAGGAGCCGACGGGCGUCGCUGUCACGCGGUCCGGCCUGAUCGUGGUUGCCGACUACCAAAACCACCGCGUCCAGCUGUUCGACAUCGCAGGCCGGCUCGCCCCGCCCCUCCGGCCCAGCCAGGCGGCGCGCAACCUCGUGCGCGCCUUUGGGCGGCGCGGCUCGGGCGAUGGCGAGUUUUGCCACCCGUCCGGCCUCGCCAUCACCCGGUCGGGCGAGAUCAUCGUCGCAGACUACCAGAACGACCGCAUCCAGUUCUUCAACGAGGAUGGCCAGUUCCUGCGCUGCUUGGGCUCGCACGGCGCGAAGGCGGGCUCCUUCGACCGGCCCUUCGAUGUGGCGGUCUCGCCGGUGGAGGGCCACAUCCUCGUCACCGACUACGAGAACCACCGCGUGCAAGUCUUCACCGAGGGAGGCGCCUUCGUGCACGAGUUUGGGCGGCACGGCGACGGCGAAGGCAUGUUCGACUCGCCGGGCGGCAUCGCCGUCUCGUCGGACGGACUCGUGUGCGUCACCGACUGCGGCAACGGCCGCUUCCAGAUGUUCGACUGCAACCCCGACGGGCGGGUGGCGAGCGGCCGCGCGGGAUGCAGCUCGAGCAAGCCGGCCGAGCCAAACUAGAUCCAGGCUUCGGUGCAGGCUUCAGGGCCGAUAGGGGGGGAAGCGUGCGGUGUCAGGGGGCGCGCGGUCGUCGCCCUUCGCCGCGACAUCCCGUCUGCUGCGAUGCUGGCUCCUGCCCCCUUGCAUGGAGUGAGAUGUGUGUGACGACGAGAGAAAUUGAGGGGGGAACGCACAUAGAGAGAGCGCGCGCGGCGCGCUUCAGACAGGGCGGAGUGUAGAAUAUGUGUGAUUCGGGGUAGGCGCUGACAGGUGACAGCGGAGAACGAGGUCGAGGAGAGACUAGAGGAGAGACUGUGGAGGUCAGAUCGAGUCAUCGCGACCGAGAGAGAGAGUCUAAUAAUAAUAUGAGAUGCAGGUUGCACUUGCAGGUUGCAGCUGAGAGCUGUCCUGUGUUGUCUGUGUGUGUGCGGUCGC